AUGCCCCCACGUCCCAUUCCCCUCCCAAGUAUCCCAGGAUGCCCAUGCCCCAGAGGUCACUCGCCCCCCCCCCUGCCUUCUGUCCCUCCAUCUCUUCAGGACAUCACUAAUGCAACGUCUUAUAUCUCUCGAUUAAGCCUUUCCGUCUCCCAUCCCGCUUUGCAAGGUCGGGCAACCCCCAGUGAUGUCACCGAAGUUGAAGUCUACAAGCAUCGAUUGAUUGAUGCCCAUACAGCCGAUAUGUUGAAUGUUGUCACAUUUGCCUCUGCGCUCUUAGAAGGUUGGGCUACCAAGAUGGACGAUAUGGAAGCCCGCCUGCGUCAGGAUGCUGUCGAGAGGCAGGAAUUCCUCGUCCAUGAUGAUAGUGAGCGAGGGCAACACAUUGUUACAGAGCUGCAUGGUAUCUUUACAAACCGCUUCAAUGACCUUGAAACCCGCCUUGAUAAGUCCUUUUCCACGAUCGAAAAGCGCCUCAUUAGGGUGGAAAUCACCACCGCUGUCGCCCACAACCUGAGUUGUGGCGAUGGUCUCCGACGACCCUUCGCUCUCCUACCCUCUGAGGAAGGUCAUCUCCCAAACGAUAUAGAUUUUGUCAUACCCAGCCAAAACCUUCCGCUCUUAUGCGAUACAUGUGCUAUUGAAGGGCUGUCCGAUGACCAGCUUAAUGCGUAUCACACAGCAUAUAAGCUGUCUGGGAAUCGGUGCACCGGGAAUCGGGCAGACAAGCUCCUUCUUCUCCGGUACCAUGUUGGAUGCUCGGCAAACUAUUCCAUGUAG